AUGACAGACGCAUUUAGAGGAGGAUCUGGGAACUUUAAAAAAGGAAAUAAAGAUUUCAAGAAAGGAAAUAACAAUAAUAGCAAUUCUGUGCGUAAGGGAGGAAUGUGGAAAGGUAACAAUGGAGGGAGAGGCGGUGGAGGAGGAAGAGGUGGUGGAGGAGGAAGAGGCGGAGGAGGAGGAAGAGGUGGUGGAGGAGGAGGAAGAGGUGGUGGAGGAGGAGGAAGAGGUGGUGGAGGUGGAGGAAAAUUUGGUAGAGGAAAUAAUGUUAAAAAAAAUUUUAAGAAAGAUGGAAAAUCAGGAAAAGUUAUAGUAGUACCACAUAGAUUUCCAGGAGUUUUUUUAUUAAAAGGAAAGUCAGAUAUUCUUGUUACAAAAAAUCUAGUUCCUGGAGAAAGUGUUUAUGGAGAAAAAAGAUAUGAAGUAUUUGGUGAUAAUGAAAAGAUAGAAUAUAGAGUAUGGAAUCCGUUCCGUUCAAAAUUAGGUGCUUGUUUAAUGGGAGGAGUAGGAAAUAUGCCAAUAAAACCAGGAUGUAAAGUUUUAUAUCUGGGUGCAGCGAACGGAACGUCUGUAUCACAUGUUUCAGAUAUGGUAGGAGAUGAAGGAGUUGUUUAUGCUGUUGAAUUUUCGCACAGAUCUGGUAGAGAUCUAACAAACAUGUCCAAAAAAAGAUCUAAUGUAGUACCUAUCGUGGAAGAUGCAAGGCAACCAAUUAAAUAUCGUAUGUUAGUUGAUAUGGUUGAUGUCGUCUUUGCAGAUGUUGCACAACCAGAUCAGGCACGUAUUGUUGCUAUGAAUGCGCAUAUGUUUUUAAAAACUGGAGGAUGGUUUAUUAUAUCAAUUAAAGCUAAUUGUGUUGAUUCCACAGCUAAACCAGAGGUUGUCUUUGCAUCUGAAAUGGAAAAAUUAAAAAAGGAAAGUUGUAAACCUAAGGAAAAACUAACUUUAGAACCCUUUCAUCGUAACCACGCUAUCGUUUUGGGCAUGUACAGGUAA